GGAGCGGCAGGAGCAGCAGCCGGCGCCGGGCCCGCAGCCGACUCACCCCGCAGCCAUACUGCAGAGACCCCUGGCCCCCUCCCCACCGCCGGGACCCUCUCCGGCGCCGCCUGCCCCUGCCCGGGCGCCGACUCCCUGUCUGUCCCCUCUCGGCACUGUUCCGUGCCUCCGCUUCUUUUCUCCUCACCACCAGUACUUGAUCAGACGGAGAGGAAAGUUUUAAAAAAUGCCGAUUGCACAGUUGCUGGAGCUAUGGAAAAAGAUCGAGGUGGAGCCCAUGGAAAUAGAGACCACCGAGGAGGAUCUUAACCUGGACUCGGAGCCCACCGUCGAAGAUACCGUGGAAGAAGGCAAAUGGGACUCGACCUUGCCUGAGACAAAGUCGGCCGCGUCGGUAGAGGAGGAAGGCACUGUCAAGGAGAUCGACAUCAGCCACCAUGUGAAAGAAGGCUUUGAGAAGGCCGACCCUUCCCAGUUUGAACUGUUGAAAGUGUUAGGACAAGGCUCCUAUGGAAAGGUGUUCCUUGUGAGGAAGACCAAGGGAUCCGACGCUGGGCAGCUGUACGCCAUGAAAGUGCUUAAGAAAGCUACCUUGAAAGUUCGGGACCGAGUCAGAUCGAAAAUGGAGAGAGACAUUUUGGCAGAAGUGAAUCACCCUUUCAUUGUAAAGCUUCAUUAUGCCUUUCAGACGGAAGGAAAGCUCUACCUGAUCCUGGACUUUCUGCGUGGAGGGGACCUCUUCAGCCGGCUCUCCAAAGAGGUGAUGUUCACGGAGGAGGAUGUCAAGUUCUACCUGGCUGAGCUGGCCUUGGCUCUAGACCACCUCCACGGUCUGGGGAUCAUCUAUAGAGACCUGAAGCCUGAGAACAUCCUGCUGGACGAAGAGGGACACAUUAAGAUCACAGAUUUCGGGCUGAGUAAGGAGGCCAUUGACCACGACAAGAGAGCUUACUCGUUCUGCGGGACGAUCGAGUACAUGGCGCCCGAGGUGGUGAACCGGCGGGGACACACGCAGAGUGCCGACUGGUGGUCCUUCGGUGUGCUCAUGUUUGAGAUGCUCACGGGAUCUCUGCCAUUCCAGGGGAAGGACAGGAAGGAGACCAUGGCCCUCAUCCUCAAGGCCAAGCUGGGCAUGCCGCAGUUCCUCAGCAUGGAAGCCCAGAGUCUGCUGAGAGCCCUAUUCAAACGGAACCCGUGCAACCGACUGGGUGCUGGCAUCGACGGAGUGGAGGAGAUCAAGCGGCAUCCUUUCUUUGUGACCAUAGACUGGAAUAAGCUGUACAGGAAGGAGAUCAAGCCACCAUUCAAACCAGCGGUGGGCAGGCCCGAGGAUACCUUCCACUUCGACCCCGAGUUCACAGCACGAACGCCCACAGACUCACCUGGCGUCCCCCCCAGCGCCAACGCACAUCAUCUAUUCAGAGGAUUCAGCUUUGUGGCUUCAAGUCUGGUCCAGGAGCCCUCGCAGCAAGAUCUGCACAAAGCCACGGUUCAUCCCAUCGUGCAGCAGUUACACGGGAACAACAUACACUUCACCGAUGGCUAUGAGAUCAAGGAGGACAUCGGGGUGGGCUCCUACUCCGUGUGCAAGCGAUGUGUGCAUAAAGCUACUGAGGCAGAGUAUGCCGUGAAGAUCAUCGACAAGAGUAAGAGAGACCCCUCGGAAGAGAUCGAGAUCCUGCUGAGGUACGGGCAGCACCCGAACAUCAUCACGCUCAAGGACGUCUAUGACGACGGGAAGUUCGUGUACCUGGUGAUGGAGCUGAUGCGCGGCGGGGAGCUGCUGGACCGCAUUCUCCGGCAGCGCUGCUUCUCGGAGCGGGAGGCCAGCGACGUGCUGUGCACGAUCACCAAAACCAUGGACUACCUCCACUCACAAGGGGUGGUUCAUCGAGAUCUGAAGCCCAGUAAUAUACUGUACAUGGACGAGUCUGGAAACCCUGAGUCCAUCCGAAUCUGUGACUUUGGGUUUGCCAAGCAGCUUCGAGCCGAGAACGGGCUGUUGAUGACACCCUGCUACACGGCAAACUUCGUUGCCCCGGAGGUCCUGAAGCGGCAAGGCUACGAUGCAGCAUGUGACAUCUGGAGUUUGGGGACCCUGUUAUACACCAUGCUGGCAGGAUUUACCCCCUUUGCAAACGGCCCGGAUGAUACUCCCGAGGAGAUUCUGGCAAGGAUUGGCAGUGGGAAGUACGCCCUUUCUGGGGGGAACUGGGACUCGAUCUCCGAUGCCGCGAAGGACGUUGUGUCCAAGAUGCUCCAUGUGGACCCUCAUCAGCGCCUGACGGCAGUUCAAGUCCUGAAACACCCAUGGAUCGUGAACAGAGAGUACCUGUCCCAAAACCAGCUCAGCAGACAAGACGUCCACCUGGUGAAGGGUGCCAUGGCCGCCACCUACUUCGCUCUGAACAGAACUCCCCAGGCCCCGCGGCUGGAGCCGGUGCUGUCGUCCAGCCUGGCUCAGCGCAGGGGCAUGAAGAGACUCACGUCCACGAGGCUAUAGUGCGAGCAGCCCCUGCAGAGCGUCCUGGGCUCUUGGGCGCCAGCUGGGGCUCCCGUCCUGGGCACUGCUGGGGUGACCACACCUGACUCGAAGGCCCGGGUGCCUCUGCUCAUUCCACGUUUUCUUGUUCAGCCUGGAUUGGAUCCAGAUCGGUGACCUCCCAACGCCUCGCUGUGCCAACCUUGCCGCCUCCUUACCCCGAGCAAAGCCAGACACUCAUUUCACCGCACACCACCAUGCCCAGUGCCUGUAGGGUUCCUUCAGACUCUGUAGGUCUUUUACGAUCAUGGCUUAUAUUUAUAUAGAGAGAUAUUUUUUCCAAUGAUAAAGCCAGUAACUGGGUCAGGUUUCCGACACACGCGUCCUAGUGACUCGGGUGGGCGGACGCGCUGACCAGCUUAGGGCACAGCCUCCCUGGGAGGGGCUGGCCUCUGCGGUCUGGUGUUGCCAGAAGGACGGGGUCAGCACAUGGCACCCAGGAGUAGAUGCCAGGUCCCCUCCAAAUGAUCCAAAGAGCCCUUGUCCCAUCGCCCUUCUUUCUGACUGAGGUGCCGGGUAUUCUCUCUGGGUCACAGACCCAUGUGGGGGAAGAACCCAGAACCGGCAGGCGAUAUCUGCCUUGGGAGCCUCUUUUCACAAGAAUGGCGCGUCCCUGGGGAGGAUCCAGCGACAGCCUGUGCCCCCUACCCUGUGUCCUUGUUCCCCCCACGGCCGGGGCUGCAGGGCUGGGGGUCCACGCUCCUGCCCUGGCUCUAGCCAUCGUCAAGGCCACCCAGAGGUUUCAAGAGAGCGCGUUGGGCCUGACGGCUGCCGCGGUCUUUGUCAGUCUCAUGUGCUUUCCCAAAGCAACAGUUUUGCUGUGUUUGCCUUCCCCUCUCUGGUCCGCGGGAGAUCCGUGAGCACUGACAACCCUGAGCUCUGUUCCCUGCCUCAAGGCGUGCUCUCUGUCCCACUGCAGCUGGGAGGGGGACGGGAGGCCCUGCGGCCACCCUGGGGCCUGGAGGGGAGCCAAACGAUGGGUCACCCAGGGUAGCCAUGCACUUUGUAGAAGCUGUGCUUUUGUGUUGCAUUUGUGUGUCUGUUUCUCACCUGACCUUGCAGUGACAUUUAACGUUUCCCUUAGGGCGCGUGCACACAGGGGGACGCCGUGCCGAGGGAGGGGGCCGUGCGCUUCUUGUCAAAUGAAACCGGGACAGGCUCGGUACCAGUGCCCGGGCAGGAGGGGAGAGAGCAUGUGGCCUUCCGUGUUCUCCCACCGGCCCCACCGGGGGUGCCCCCAGGCCGGCCCAGGACUCCCUGCUGCCCUCUGCCGGGUGGGGGGUGCCUGUGGUCCUCCCCCAGAUCUCACUAAGAAGACGAAUUUCAUUUUUCCCUUCAUCCCCCAUCUCCACCAACGACACCACCUCAAAAAAGACAAAAAAGCAACAUGCCACAUUCUAAGUGUAACUCCCUAGCUUGGUCCAUUGUGUUCAGACCUUAAAAUGUAACCUUAUUUCAAAAGCUUUCAUUAUUCUAUGGCCUUUCUCCCCCCUCAGACAACCAUGAGACCUAAAGGUGGGGGCAGGUUCGCAGACCGGUUUCCAACAAACCCUCAUUAGGCAUCUCCCAUAUUUUCUCACUAGAAAAUGCUUUUCCCCGAGGCCACAAAGACUUGGUUCACAAGAGUUUUGUUUUAGGUCUGAGUUAUUUGACCUAUUUGCUUAGGAAAAACUGGAGAGCCCUUAGGUCAUGGGUUUGCCCUCCUAGGAAGCCACUGAGGUCAUCACACCUUCCAUCGGCCACCCGGGGCCACGGCUCCAGGGCUCCCUGGCCAAGGUGUGCCGCCUGGCGGCUGGUUUGCUCGCGGAGAGUCGGAGCCCGGAGGGACGCAGGCCGGAGGGGGGAGUAGCCCGGGAGCAGCAGCGAGAGGGGCUAGCGGGUGCUCUGGGUGCGCCACUGCUCCUGCUCGUCCUCCCUCGGUGCCACCAUGCACGCAGCCCCGCCGCCGCACUCUGAGAUCGGGGCUCACCUCAGCCCAGGGCGGGAGAGCGGCAGGGGCGGCAGAGACCCCACGGCACCUGCCCGGCUGGACCAACUCUACUUGAAUGUCUGUGAAAUACCUCUGCUUUCUCACCUUCUCCAGAACACAGAGAUACUGGAAACCCUUCCAGAAAGUCAGCCUAGAGAAGUCGAUACCAUAUUUUAAACUGAACUCCGAAGUCUUCAGUGAACAGCCAGCGGCUGUUCGUUCUAAGCAGCAGUCAGGCACCAAGGAAGGGGUCAUUUCUCGUCUCGCUUCCCCAUGCGGCGCACCCCUGCAGGCCGUGAGCGGUCCCAGGGCUUCUCACAGGCGGCCAGUCCACAGGGAGUCAGAUCGUUGCCCCUCAGAACCCAUGGAACCACCUCCCCGGCCCGGAUCACAGCCCCACAGAUCGUGGAACCGCUCCCCCGCCCCGGAUCAGCCCCACAGACCGUGGAACCACCCCCGCCCCGAUCACAGCCCCACAGACCGUGGAACCACCCCCACUCUGGAUCACAGCCCCUCAGACUCCCUAGAGAAAACCGAGCCCUGGCCCUCAGGCCUCCUCCCCCACCACCGUGCGGUCCCCCCAGGGAGCCCACUGCGGUCUUGCCCCACCUGCAGGCCCCCCUGUUUGACAGGAACACCUGACUCAUCCCACCGGGGUGAGGGCUCUGCCAGAGGCCGCCCCCAAGUCAAAUUUGGGCAAGAGUGAGAUUUCACCUGUAUCCUUAGGUCAGAUUGUCCGUGAUUUUAAUCUAACUUUCUGUGUGUUGAUGCCUGGAAGAUUGUCCUACGUUGUAAGUGAUAAUAGUACUUAAUGUUAGCCAGUAUUGUUCAUUAAACGGUGUUAUUCCUCAAGCCGCACGUUGGGACUUUUGCCUCACACCUGACUGAUUCUCUCAAGCACAUGACGAACUUGAUUUGCACUGUUUUUCUUUCCAAAUGGUUUUGUUGCCCUUCACCUCUCCAAGAGUCCGUAAAGUUCUAGAAUGGAAAAGGACACUGCAGGUCCCUGGGUGGAGAGAAGACUGGAGAAGCGCCCAGCGUGGGUUCACAGAGCUCGGGAAGAAGCGUGGGACACUCGAACUCGCCACCGCUGUCGCCCGUGGAGCACGCUUCCAACCCAGACCCCCACCCAGCACUUUGUUUACAAGCCCGCAUCUGUGUUUACAGGUCAUUCUUCUGUUCACGCUUCGUAUUUUAUGUUGGAGGUGGGCGGCCACUAUACAGAUAUUUAUUACGCUUUCCAGACUUUCUGAAUAGAUUUUUUUGAAUAAACAUGGGUUUUAUGAAGUGUAA